GGAUGUUGGAAAUGAUGCAGAGGGUUAUAUGUGCUAGGACGCUGGACCUUUGAGACGUCUGUCAUACUUUGUUUCAUUUAUUUUUAAAAAUGAAGAGUUUUUUGUACAUUUUCCUUCUGGGUUGGGUUUUUUUCACGGAAUCAGUUCUUCAUAAAAACACAAAUACACUAAAGAAGAGCAGCAAUAGAUUUAACUUAAGUAAUGAUGAAAUAAGCCGGCUAUCCAACAGCCUCCAACGCUACAAGCGGUCGUCCUGUGGUGAAGGAAUGUUCUUUGAUGCAGAGGCCAAACGCUGCUGCAGGCUGUGCCCCAAAGGACAAUAUGUGGAGAAACCGUGUGCCGCUCCUUUGCAGGAUCCUGUAUGUAAACCCUGUGAUGAGGGAACUUACCUUGCAUACAGUAACUACUUAACUAAAUGCAAACUGUGUACCACCUGUGAUUUAGACACAGAAGUUGAAAAGGUGAGCUGCUCUGAAACAACCAAUGCAGAAUGUGUGUGUAAAGAAGGUUUUUACUGGUACGAGGAGCAACGAAUAUGCAAAGCAUGUACAAAGUGCCACAAUCGAAGCACCAUCCAGAAUUGCUCCACCAGAAGCAAUACGCAAUGUGGCGGCUGCCUGCCUGGUUUCUAUGAAGAAAAUAAUGAGUGCUCGUCCUGUCUUCCAUCAGGUGAACAAUGUGAAAUGACUAAAUCCAGCUGCCCGCCAGUGUGUGCACCAGUUGUAUCAAUUAUGCCAUAUGUAUUGACUGGGACCUUCCUGCCACUUCUUCUAUUAUGCGGAGGUCUUCUUAUUCACAAGCACAAGAGAAAGAAGAAACACAGCAAAGGAGAACACGUCAUCAAAGUGUAUGGAGGAGGAGACGUGCCUGGCUUAGCAGACAUAAAUAAAGACACAGGAAUUGUUACUCCAGAUACUACAGGUCAUGUUUUUUCAAUUCUUCAAAAAAGCAGCACCUUGUAUGAUAUCAUCGACUGUGUUCCGGUCAGAAGAUGGAAGGAGUUUAUGAGGACCCUGGAACUUCCCGACAAAGUGAUUGAGAUAGUGGAAGUGGAGAUCUCCAACUUUCGAGACCAGCAGUAUGAGAUGCUCAGGAGAUGGUGCCAAUUAAAAAUGGCUUCUGUAGAUGCCGUGUAUGAGACCUUGGAGAGGAUGAACCUAUCAGGAUGCGCAGAAGAACUUAAAGCAAAGAUAGAACAUUACUUAUAGUUCUAAAGAAGGGAAACUGUGGAACCAAGCACUACAGGAACGUUGGCAACAUCUUAGGCAGCAAAGAGGUUAGAAACUUGAAUAAGGAAUGUAUUCAGUUGACCAAUUUUUGAAAAGGCAAUUUUUUUUUUUUACAAAACCACUAUACAAAGCAACACAUUUCAAUAAAUUCUUUUGGUGCUAAGCCUACAGCUGGCACCCCAAUGGUCAAUGGGCCAUUUACCAGAUUGUAUUCCAAUGUUCUAGAACCCAGUAGGAGAUAGUUCCUAAAGUAAUACAUUGUGUCUAACCCUAAGGAAAUCCAAAAAGAGACUUUGAGGCUCCAUUAGAUGCCGACCUACAAAAGCACAACUCUGCUAUAAAUGCCAUGGUCCUGAACAGUAGACAAUUUUGAUGUUUUUGCAUUUCUUCACAGAAAUGUUUAAUAUAGGAACCAAAACUGAACUGAGCUGUCAGCCAAAGGAACAGCCAACGGCUAUGGCACAUGUAUGGGCACCUUAACCAGUUAAAUAGGUUGCCUAGCAUUUUGAGAAAAUGAGCAGAAAAUGGUAUAAUAUAAAAUAUUAACAAUUACUCACAAAUUAACUCAACCACCACUCUAGCACCACUGCUCUGGAGGUCCCCAUCAGUCACAUGACUGCUGCAGUUAAUCACUGGUCUCAGUGGUGACUCUUGCAUUUAGAGCAAGUGACUGCUCAGGCCAGUGAUUGGUUGCAGGGGUCGCAUGGAUGAUGUACAUGAUGUCAUAGCUACAGGAUCUGCAGUGACCACUGGUGCUGGAGCAGCAGGGUACUUAAAGGGGUUCGCCACACCUUUACAAAUGAUAGCCUAUUCUUAGGAUAAGCAAUCAAUAUCUGAUCGGUGGUGGUUGAACACCCUGCACCCCAGCUGAUCAGGAGCUCUGGCACUAGAAGUCAGUGGUGGAACUACACAGCUCCGUCUGUCGUACAGUGGAUGGAGCUGGUCACUUCAGUCCUGCUAUUAUGUACUUCAACAGGAGCAGUGCAGUAACCAGUUGUGUCCACCGCUCAACAGACGGAGCUGUGUAGUUCCAUCUCCGAUUUCCAUCUCCGGAGCUACGCCAGAACAGCUGGGGUUGGUGGGUAUCAUAAAUUCCAAAUCAACCAUACAAUGGUCAUCUCUAGAGCAACCAUCCCAUAAAGAAACUGUGGACAUAGAUAUAGACAACCAAUGGAUCUUCAAUGGUGUAAAAAUUAAAUCGAAACCCUGUCUUGGGUUAAAAGAGUAUCUUUCAUAAAGUCGAAACUAGAAGUCAAAAUCUUUUUUAUUUAUGUGUAUUUGUUUUCAAUGUCCUGUUCAUAGUAGAGAUAGAGCAGAGGGAACUUUCUAAUGGCAACCAAUCGGCUGUUUUUUUAAAACAAAAAGUUGGAUGUAAGCUGACAUCUGAUUGGUUGGGCAACUUUUUUGCUCUAGGUUUUACAUAUAAUCAAUGUCUAUUCGAAGAUCCAAAAAUAUUUGUUUCUUCUUGGUUGGUUUAAAAAAAUAACAACUUUAGACUUCAUCAUAGAUGGAUGGAUUUUUCCCCAAUUCAGGCCCUCAUCAACGCGGCAUAUGAGAAAAAAUGUUGAUGUGAUGAGAAUGAUUGUCCAUAUGGAAAAUUGUUUUUGCUGCAAAUAUAGGGUGCGCAUUGCUGAACAUGAACUAUAUUAGCACUUAUCAGUAAAGGGGCGAGGAAAAUUUGAAGGUGGGUCCUACAGUUAUCCCAAAUAAUUACUGUAGUUUUAUUAAUGCAGUAUCAGGAAUGGAUCAUUAAUGCUGUCCUAAAGGGGUUGUACAGUAUUAGAAUAAGGCUACUUUCACACUAACGUUGUAAGAUCCUGGGUUCCUCUGCAUCCGGCAUUGUGGUCCUUCACCAUUUUACUGUGCACAGCGGUUUUCGUCCGACCAAUUCUCAGCAUAUUUGCCAGGUUGCGGCUGAAUCUCCGCCAGUCCUCUAUAUAGUCUAAUAGGGCAAAGCAGUGGCGGAUUUAGAGAGACCCGGCAGGCUGUUCCCUGUUGGAAGAGCCUGCCGGAUCUCUCAACGCUAGUGUGAAUCCUUAAAGGGUGUGCCAUUUUCUUCAGAAACAGCGCCUCCCAAGGCCUUUUUGGGUAUUGUGGAUUUGCCUCGUUUAUUUGAAUAUUGAUGAGCUGCAAUACCAGACUAGGCCAUGGACAAGUGUUGGUACCAUUUUUGAAAAAAAAAAUCUAACCCUAUGACUUUAAAUAUAUAAUUUGUAGGAUUUUGGGAAUAUUGUAAACUUGUUAACACUAGCAUUGUGAGUCUGAUGGGCUAAGAGGGAACAUUUUUUAGUGAAGGCUGCCACUUUGAAGACUAAAUCAGCAAAGAGGCAAUCUGUGAAGUCUCAGAUAAUUUAUCAACAUAUUUAUUACUAUCAAUACAUAUCCCAGCAAAAUAUAAAGGAACUCAUAUUAAAGGGGUUGACAACA